UGACCCGCCGAUAGCAGCGCGAUAAAGCCGCAGCAGCACAGGAAAGUUUAUCCAGUCGAACCAGCUUGUGCGCCUUUACGCACCCGUGGAAUAGCAGGGAUGGGAGCUAAGCAGACGCGCUCCGCACAGAAGUACCAGGACUUGACUGACAAAACUGGAUUUUCACCGGAGCAAAUCAAAAACCUUCACAAAAGAUUUCAGCAGCUGAGUGACAAUGAAGAGACAAUAAGCCGAGAAAACUUGGAAAAAAUACCGGCCCUUGCCAACAACCCAAUCAGAAAGCAAAUUAUUGACGCCUUCUUCGAUAAAAGGAACCAGCAUCAGAAUGAGGUAGGCGCCUUCCAGGAGAUUGGCUUCGAGCAGUUCCUCAUGGUCAUGUCCCACUUCCGGCCUCCAACUUUGAAAACGACAGAAGAAGAGAGGGAGGCUAUGAGAAAAGAGAAGCUUCGCUUCCUGUUCAACAUGCAUGACACAGACAACGAUGGCACAAUUACCCUGGAGGAGUACAGGAAGGUAGUAGAGGAGCUUCUGUCAAAGAGCGGAGCCAUCGGCCUGGAGGCUGCCAAGGCGAUAGCAGAUGCUGCCAUGCUGGAGGUGGCGAGCACAAAUGUUCCCCACAUGGCUCCAGAUGAUUUCUACGAAGGAAUUACGUUUGAGCAUUUUGAACAGAUUUUAAAAGGCCUUGAAAUGGAGUCCAGGAUGCACAUUCGCUUCUUGGAUGUGGACACGAUGACAAUGCGCUGUGGGAAAUCGAAAUCUUGAAAGAGUUGAAAUGUUUAUGUUGCUGCUGUUUUUAGCAGAACCUCUCCAGUCCUUAAAAGGAAUUAAAACAAACCCUUUCUGAUAUGCACUAAAGUAUUUUUGGACAAGGGGGAAUGAAUUAUAGAUUUAACACUAUACUCUAAGUAUGUUUUUAUACGGAUUAUUAAGACUGUGUGCUGCUCGUACAUCUGAAGACUUGACUAGAAGCUGGAAACAGUCAAAGUAUGUUUCUUUCUGUAGUUCUUAAAGAGUUCAGUUUCAGAAUGUUUUCUAAUCUGUUUUCAACUUUUGUCGCAUAUUUCAGAGAGAUUUGUUCCCCGUUAUUGGUCCAACAUCUCUUACCUUUAAUGAAACUUCCAACUGUCACACGUUCUUCUCUGCGUUCUCCAGCUGUUCUACAAAUUCCCAGCCUGUAAUAUGAAGGAUUCUUUGUGCUUUGGUCCAAAGGUUCACAUUUGAUGAAGUCAGUCCUGCUCAGUGGCUACUCUGACAUUCAUGGUUCAUCUAUCAUGGCGAACAUCCAAAACACGAGACUGCAGGCACAUACCAUUCCUCUGCAGCUCCAGAAUAGUUCCACAUUUCAUUAGUGUGUUCCUCAGACUCAGAUCAGUGUAACCAGCCACUGCUGCUCUACUAUGAAAAGCCACUGUGUCUUGAACACUAAUUACUUAAUUAGAAACUCUACUAACUUGUCACUGAAUUAUGUUAAUGAACAAAAUAAAUCUGGGACAUUAUGAUAAAAGAAA